UUUUUUUUUUUUAAAGAUAAAAAUUAUGAUUUAUUUAACAGAUGAUAGUAUUCAUUCCAUUUUACAAUACCUUCAAGAUGAUCGUUCAACUUUAUUUAAAUGUUUAUUAGUCAAUCGAUUUUGGUGUAAAUCAACCAUACCAUUGCUUUACGCAAAUCCUUUUGUAAAAGUAACGGAAAAAAGUUGUCUAAUCACUUUAACAUUAAUUCUUUGCUUUAAUAAAGCAGAAAUUUUACAAUUGAAGAAACAAUUAGGAUUAAAACAGAUUAAUUAUAUUAAUUUUAAUAAAGAAUACAAACCAUUAUUCGAAUAUCCAAAAUAUUUAGAAAAUUAUAAUAGUAAUAUAAUAAAUUCUAUUAUUUAUAGAUGGUUUGUUAAAUAUUGUUCAGAUUUAACAAUUUUUCAAAAAAUAUAUGAUGAUAUUAUUCCAAUAUUUCUUCGAUCAAUUUUAAGACAAAGUAGAAACAUUAAACAAUUAUAUAUUUCGUUCAAUUUAUUUUAUAAAGAAAAUUUUAAAAAUUAUAAUUUUCAAAAUUUCCCUUUAAAUUUAACAAGAUUAAAUUCUUUAUCAUUAGAAUUUCAUUUAAAAGGAGAAAUUGAACAAGAAUUUUUAAGGAAUAUAUCAAAUAAUUAUUUAAAUUCUAGUAAAUUAACAAUUAAAUUACCUAAAAUUCAUAGAUCAUUAUUUCAACAUGAUACUUUCGAUGAUUUGAUCAAUACUACUACUAAUACUUUAGAAAAGCUUUGUACAAUUAUUCAAAUGCAUAACAAACUUAAAAUAUUUGAAUUAUGGAAUUGUAAUUUUUUAUUAAAUAAUAUUCUUUUAUCUUUAGAAUUUCAAAAGAAUUCUUUAGUUCAUAUUGAAUUUAUAGACGCGGAUUUUAGUAAUAUUGAAUUAAAAAGUUUUAAUAAUUUAUAUAAUUUAAAAUAUUUAAAAUUUGAACAAUGUAGAGGUAUAUUAUUAAAACAAUUGGAGGGUUUAGAUUUAGCUUUAUUUAAUCUCAAGGAAUUAAUUUUUAAACAAAAUAAAUGGGAUAUUGAAGUUAUAACUUUAAUGAUCAAAUAUUUUGGAGCAUCAUUACAAAGAUUAUUAUUAGUAAUUGAAACCCCAACAAGUUCACUUAUUGAAAAUAUAUCAAUUUAUUGUCCAAAUCUUAAUUUUUUAAAAAUAACGAUUUCUUUAAAUAUAGAAUUAUCAGUGAUACAACUUUUUAAAAAUUUAAGAACAAGAAUGUUAAGUAUUAGUAUUUUUUAUAAUAUUGAUAAACUCUUUAUAAAUUUAGCAAAUAAUAUACCUAUUAAUAUUAGUGAAAUUUCUAUUUAUGUUUAUUCUCAUAAUUUUAAUAAUUUUUUAAAAUUUAAGGAAUUUUUAGAAAAUUGUCAUAAUAAUUUUGAAAUACUUAAUUUAAAUCAAAUUAUUGAAAUAGAAUUUCUUAAAAUUGUUUUAAAUUAUAUUGAAAGAAGUAACAAUAAUUUAAAAGUUCUUGGUAUGGUGAAAUUGAAUAAAGAAUUGAAUGAUGAGGAAUUAAAAUUAUUGAAUAGGAUUAAAGCUAAAGGAGUUGAAAUAAUAGAAUUUAGUGAAUCAGGUUGUUGAAAUAAUGGGUUCUAGUAGUAGUGGAUUAGUAUUAAUAUUUUAGUAAACUAAGGGUUUUUAUAGCUUUUUAUCUAGGGUUUAUUUUGUAUUUACUGUAUUUUUUAUUUACUUAUAAAUAAAGUCAAUAUUUAAAAU